CCAAAACAAACAGCAGAUGAAUUCUAGUGACUCUAAAAGUGUAUGUUCUGGCAAUCAUCAAGAAGGACAAGAAUCGAUCAGAAAAGUUCAACCGAAAUCUGAAGCAGCAGUCCAUAAAACUUGCGAUUCACCGAAACCAGGAUUAGAAGAUCCAAAUUCAAAAGCAAAGACUGCAGAUUGUUCUGCAAAAAGUUCUAAGCCAUCAAUUAACUCAUCUAAGGAAACAAAAGAAACUGAAACCCGUGAAGACAAUGCAAGACAAAACCUUUUACCCUACCCAAUAACCCCCCUUAAGGAAACACUGGAUCGUUAUCUUUGUAGUGUGAAGCCGCUUCUGGAAGAUGAUUUGUUUAAUUUGGAGCAACAAGUGGUUAAGGAAUUUUUAGAUAAAGAUGGAGCUAAGCUUCAAGCAUUUCUUGAGAAAGAGGCAAAUGGUAAAGCAAAUUGGCUAACUGAACGUUGGACAAAUGCCGCUUAUUUGGAAGUUCGAACUCCUCUCACCAUAUACACUAGUCCUUGCUUGGCAUUUCCAUUACAGAAAUUCCUUCAUCCCAUUGACUAUAUAACAUUUGUAGCCAAAUGUAUCUACGGUAUGUUGGAAUUUAAGAAAAUGGUGGACGACCAUAAAAUUCCCGUUGUGAAGAUGUGCCAGUACGAGCUCGAUAAUAGUCAAUUUGGUAAAAUAUUCGGGGGAGUGCGUGUACCAAUGCCGUGUAUGGAUGCGAUUGAACAAUAUAACGAUUCUGAUUAUGUGAUAGUCAUAAAUAAGAAUAAUUUUUACAAAUUGCCCGUUUAUAAUGGUGAUGGUAAAAUUGUGCAUGCCCAUGCUUUGCGUGAUCAGUUGGAUGGUAUCGUUAAUGGUCCGAGCGAACGUGGUGAUACUAUGGGUCUUCUUACCCACGAUAGUCGUGAUAAUUGGGCAGAAGUACAUGAACUUUUAAUGCAUGAUCAAGAUAAUUGUCAUAUCUUAGAUGUUAUUGAAAAAGCUCUAUUUGCUGUUUGUCUGGACGAGUACGUUGAUUUGCCUCCUGAGGGUGAGCAGCGAAAUCUACAGGCGGCCCAUUUGUUACAUGGCGGUGGACGUCAUUUAAAUAGUGCCAAUCGUUGGAUGGACAAGACACUGCAAUUGAUUGUUAAUCCAAAUGGUUUCUCUGGCAUUUGUUUUGAACAUUCACCGGCCGAUUGUCAGCCUUUGGCAAUGCUCAUGGACUUGUUACAGAAAAAUAUUCGCCAACCUGGUUAUGGUUGUGAGAGUUGCAAUGAUGGAAAGGUUGAACCAUUUACCCCAUUGAUAUUUAAACCUCUUAACCAGUGCACAGAGCUAUGGAUGUCUGUGGCUGAGCGUAAUAUUGAUGACCUCUGUAAGCAUUUCCAACUGAAUGUUUUCAAAUUCCAUUGCCAUGGCAAGAAUUUCAUUAUGGCUCAGGGUCUUAAUACGGAUAGCUAUAUACAAAUUGCCCUACAAUUGGCAUUCUUUUUAAUGCACGAAGAGAUGCCGUCUCAAUAUGAAUCGGCACAUUUGCGCAUCUUUGAAGGUGGUCGAACUGAGACCAUACGAUCAACAACAAUUGAAUCGAGUGCAUUUAUCAAGUCCAUGACGUUGCCUACUACAUCAAAAAAGGAUCGCAUGGAAGCUUUACGGGCUGCUGUCGAUGCUCAUCAAGAGCUCACGAAAUUGGCUCUCCUUGGACGUGGAGUGGAUCGUCAUCUGUUUGGUCUUCAACAAAUGGCCAAAGAGAAUGGUCUUCCACUGCCAGAAUUCUUCAAGUCGCCAGCCUAUUUAAAAUCAAUCAACUAUCGAGUACUUAGCUCACAAGUAGCCACCACGCAUGAUGCAUUUCUAGCUUUUGGACCGCUUACACCCUGCGGUUAUGGCUGCUGUUACAAUCCACGUAAUAACGAUAUAAUAUUCUCUAUAUCCAAUUGGAAUACCCAUAAAAAAACCUCCGCCGAAGUUUACGGUCAAGCCAUAAACACAGCUCUACAUCAUAUGCGAAAAUUGGUACUAGAAACUGGCGGUGAUCGAGGCUCCAUUGAAUUAUGCAAGUGCGAUGGUAAAAGUGACAAAAAAUAAUAGUGUCGUUCAUAAAUAUCAUAACAAAAUAAAUAGUUAAGUUUUGGCUACUUUGUUGGUUAA